AUCCUUUCCUGCAGGCUUUGACGUUCACGUGGGUCAACUUCUUUUUCUCGGGGUUUGUAACAGCGAAGAUCCCUUUCCCACUGACUCAACGUUUCCGACCAAUGCUUCAGCGUGGAAUUGAUCUCAGCUCCCUAGACGUCAGCUAUGUGAGCAGCCAAUCCUGGUACUUUUUGAAUUUCGUCGGUCUGAGAGGCUUCUUCAGUCUGAUCCUUGGCGACUCCAACGGUGAGGGGGCAUUCAUUUGCUUGCUUGCUGGUGCUUCUCCUGCUCUAGCCCCUGCAGAUGAUGAUGGUAUAGGGGCUCUGACGGGUGAGAAGGAUGCGUUGGAGUUACUCCGACAUGAAUGGUUGUUGCCAAAAAUGGAGCAGAAAGCAGAGGCCACGAUGCGCAGAAUCUUGGCGUCUUCGUAGCAGGAAGUUGAUGACGAGGCACUCUUUUGGGUGGGUGGCUCAGUGUCGACGGGGGAAAGGGAGCUAGAGAGAGAGGGAGGGAGGGAGGGAGGUUUCCAGCCAUGACAUGAAUGUUGCACAUCUGUGGUGGUUUACGUCUUCGUAGCAGGACGUUUAUGACAAGGUACCCUUUUGGGUGGGUCACUCAGUGUGGAUGGGGGGAAGGGAGAAAGGGGGGAAGGAGGGAGGGAGGGAGGGAGGGAGGGAGGGAGGGAGGGAAGGGUAUGCAUGCCAUGGCAUGAAUGUUGCACAUCUGUGGUGAUUUACUCUUAACCUGUGGGUGACUACCGGUCCUUUUGGUACUUUGGCCGAAGCUGACAAGUGGAAAAUGGGAUUCCAAGUUUGAAACCCUCAACCUCGGCCCCUCUGCAGAUCAGGCCCUCCUUCUCACUGAGCAGGAUGGGUUAUCGGCCUUUCUCUGUGGGACGCUCCUGUGCGUACUUAUGGGAGACAUGGCUUGGUUCAGCAUGGUGGUGGUGUCAUUCAACAGAGGUUGGGUAUCUGCGUGGAGGUGAUGAUGGAAAAAAGGUAAGCGGCUGGUUGGAAUUAACUGUGGGUAUGACUAACAAACAAUCUGAUCUAACAAAUGAGAUAGUGAGGGGUUAAUUGCCAUAGCAGUUGGUGUGGGGCAGGGAGUAAAUUUGUGGGUGUAGAUUAGAGACUCAUAGAGAGGUGAUUCUUUUUUUUUUUUUUUUUUUUUUUUUUUGAAAAGUGCAAUAGUCAUCAUCUUACAGCCGCACUUUGUGGAGAGGUGUGGCUAGGUUUGAAAAUUUGCGGCGCAAGCUUUGCCAAUGGAGGGAGAUGAGGAUGUGUUGUUUUGCAAGUAUGAAGUUAUCAGUUCAAGUCCUGAUCAUCUUGGCAUUAAUGAGGGGAUUGAUGGCUUUUCCUAAUAAGGAAAGUGAAUGAUGACAGGAUUCUUAAAAAAUCUUUGUUCCCUUUCAAAACCACGUCGAACCCAAAAAAAAAAAAAAAAAAAAAAAGGGAAAGGCCCUUGCUUUUCUGUUCGAUGAGAAGGGGCGCCUCUGUCCGAUGAGGAUGAAGCUGUGUUUUUGUGUUUUUCAUUCCUACUUUCCAUGUUGGAAUAUAAACAGGUGGAAGGGGGGGGGGGCGGCUAGCAACAUGGCACACAUGCAUGCAUACCUUGUUCGUGCUUUCUUACCUACAUUACCAAAGUCGCCUUUCCUCCUCUGUGUAUUGCUACUCUACUAUUUUUGCGACGAUUUCAAUUGCUUGUUAAGCUUCUUCAAGUCGUUUGACUGUUGUUCGACUUCUUCGAGGAGUUGUAGCAAUCCCUCGAGGGAUUGCUGCUACUGCUACUACUACUACUACUACUACUACUACUACUACUACCUACUACCUACUACUACUGCUGCUACUGCUACUGCUACUGCUACUGCUACUGCUAGUGCUUCUACUGCUUCUACUGCUUCUACUGCUUCUACUGCUACUACAGAGACCACUUGCCUGGCGUCAAAAUAUGAAAAUAAAAAUAGUUUUAUAAC